AUGCCUUCAUCAAAGUUGAGCGUGUCCUCCGUCAACGGGAACAUUUGCGCCCUGGAGAAUCUGCAAGAUGUCUCGCAAAUUGCGUACGCCUACAACUGGCUCCACGAUGCUCCUUAUUUGGAUCUGAAGACCUCUCUACUCCCGUUGGCUGGAUACGAGCGGCUCCAGCAGUGCCGUACCCCUCCGACUGACGGAGAAGACGAGCCUACCGAUGUUAAUGGAUUUGACAUCUUCCCCGUUCGAGCUGGUCUGCCUUGGCCGACGGGAUUCCCCAAGGCACGUCAAAGCCGCCACUGGGAGGCCGGCCUGAGAAUCUCUUCAGAGCUGCUGGAGUUGUUCAGCACUGACUCCAGCAUGUUCACUGCUGUCAAGCUUAACGGCAGAUCCCUUGCCAAGAUUGCUUCUCACGAACUUUUGCUACCGGAAGAGGACCGUUUUACCAAGUUUGCCACGUACCUGUUCCCUGAAGCAGACAAGGAGAGAACCCGCCUUCUCGCAGCCACCAUUGUAUUCAUUGUCAUCUUUGACGACUCAUGGGAGAUGCAUAGCGAGGACAAGCUCGGCGUUGUUCGUGAUGACUUUCUCCGUCGCCUUGAAUCCAACGGAGAGAAAGAAAAGUCUAAGUCCGAGCUGCAGUCGCUCAUCGGUUACGUUGUAGAUGGACUUAAGAGUCACGACAAGAUCGCCGGCAACGGAGGUCAGGAGGUGAUUGACCGACUGGCGGACUUUUGUCGACACGUCCCGCCCCAGUCGAACUUCGCCAGCCUAGCAGACUACUUGUCCUACCGCAACAUUGAUGCGGGUGUCCCGUAUAUCUUGGCAUGUGUGAAGUUCUCGCUAGAGUCCGACGUUGUGAUUGAGGAUCCCAAAAUGACCAGGAUCCUACGUCUGGUUAGCGACCACGUGUCGCUGGUCAAUGACCUGGCCUCUUUCGACAAGGAGCUCAAGGCCCUUGAAGAUGGCAAGGUCUGCUACAUGAUCAACGCGGUCGACGUCGUGCGUCGUCUUCUGGGAUUGCAUUCCUAUUCUGCCGCCAAGGCCGUCACUUACAGCGUCCAGCUGGAAGUGGAGGCUCAGAUGGAGGAGGAGCUGGAGAGGCUUGCCAAAGGAAGAGUCUUGUCCCCCAAGGAGGAACAGUUCGUUUCCGCCGCCCUGACCAUGACGGCGGGGAACCUGUUUUACUCGGUUGUGACUUCUAGAUAUGGUGGAGAGGCUGCCAAGAUCGAUGGUCAUCAGUACUACAGCAUCAAAACUUUAAAGGACUACGGAAUAGACCGAUACCGAAACUCUGAGUACCGAGCGAAUCAUGGAUCGACAGCCAACAACAAUUUGGCAGCGCUUCACGAAUACGAAAACAGCGUAAUGUCAUUUCCAAGCCUGCUCCAGGUGCUUUCGAGCCACUGGUUCGCAGCCUGCCUGGCUAUCUUUGUCCUUCGCGCUCUCUAUCGCCGUUAUGUUCCUAGCCUCGGAGAUAUCCCUGCAGUCAACUUCUUAGCAACGGUGAGCCGCUGGAACAAGGUUCUCCAAGUGCUGUCAACUCGUGCUGAGAGGAACUUGCUAGAAGCGCAUAGGAAGCUCGGCCCCAUCGUCCGCAUCGCCUAUAACGAAGUCUCCAUCGCAGACCCGGAAGCUAUCCCCACCAUCUUUGAUAAUGAACAAAGAUUCGUCAAGACAGACUGGUAUUACAUGUUUGGUUUCCCAACACCAGAUGAUGCCAACCUCUUCUCCGUCAUCGAUCCAGUCGAACACAAGCGCAUGAAGCGCAAUGUCGCACCCGCAUUUUCAAUGUCUGCCCUCAUGGCCUUGGAAGAGUUUGUCGACUCAACCGUGACGCUCUUCAUCCAGUGCAUGGAUGAGCUUGCCAUAGCCCCUUCAGUUCCGCCGUCGCAGCGCAAGGACCCGAUCAACAUGGUGGAGUGGUUCCAGUGGUACGCCUUUGACGUGGUGGGGGAGCUGAGCUUCUCGCGACGCCUCGGGUUUCUCGACACCAAGUCUGACGUAGGUAACAUGACGAAAGUGCUUGAUAGCUUCAUCCAGUACGCAUCCACGGUAGCCAUGAUGCCAGAGCUACACAAGUUUCUCUUCGGAAACCCGCUGGUAGCCGCCUUCCUCAGUCCUCCGGCGCUGGUCAUCUCGGAUGUCACCAAGCAGGAGAUGGACAGGCGUGAAGCGGACCCGGAUGCAGUGCACUCCGACAUCAUGGACAAGAUCAUCCAGUCUCAGAAGAAGAUCGGGCCUCAUGAAUUCCCGCAUAGCGAAAUCUUCCAGCAUGCCGUGGUCAACUUAUCCGGGGGCUCAGACACCACCGGAAUUGCCAUGGACUCCUUCAUCUACCACCUCCUCAAGAACCCGAAGACCUACAAGAAGCUACAGGCCGAAAUCGACGAGGCUGCGUUGAAAGGGAAACUUUCGGACCCGCCGAGGUACAGCGAGACAAACCACCAGGCCAUGCCGUACCUCGCGGCCUGCAUCAAAGAGGCCCUUCGCAUUCACCCGCCCGUCACCACCACCCUCCCUCGCCAUGUACCGCGAGGCGGAGCUUACAUCUGCGGCCGCUUCUUCCCGGGCGGUACCAGAGUGAGCGUCUCGCCUUUCGUCGUUGCAAGGGAUAAGAAGCUCUUUGGGGAAGACUCGGAUGCGUUUCGGCCGGAGCGUUGGCUCGAGUGUUCGCCCGAAAAAGCCUUUGACAUGGAGAAUGGCUGUUUGCAUGACGCCAUAUCGCCGUCAUGGAAAUUUGCAAAGUCAUGGCUGCGCUGCUAA